AUGGGGUCCAUAUUUGCGGCUAUGGCCCUAACCGAAGUGGAGGUGUAUAGUGACCCUCAAGGAAAGGGAUUUGAUGAAUUCAUCAUGAGAGCCUUGGGUUACGGAAUGACCUGCUCGCCUAAUUGUUGCUCUCUAAACUGCAAGAAAGCUCUGUGCGAGCAAAGCUUGCUGUGGACAAUUUGCGAUGCAGAUGAAGUGUUGGAUCUGAAACACCUCAAGAAACGUGGAGGCGUAACAGAAUUCUGCCUGGAACUGGAAAGGCUGUCAAGAGAGGCCUAUCCAGACGCAUCGGAAGAAGAACUGUCCCGCACAAGGGCAGGUGAACUGGUGAGCCAGCUAACCGACUGGCCAGAAUACCUCCAACUUUUUACGACAAUGGAGAUAGCUCCAAAGGAGCAGGCGUAUGACAUGGUGAAAGCCAUGGCACAAAGAUGUGAAAGGAGUAAGCAAGUAGCGGCUGCAAUGCGUAAUGCCAUGGAAGGUCAUGCUCGAAAGAGCCAGGAACGGCAGAUUACGUAA